AUGGUGCAGAUCCGCAUGGUGCAGGUCCCCACGCUGCAGGUCCCCAUGGUGCAGAUCCUCAUGGUGCAUGUCCCCACGGUGCAGGUCACCACGGUGCAGGUCCCCACUGUGCAGGACCCCAUGGUGCAGGUCCCCACUGUGCAGGACCCCAUGGUGCAGGUCCCAAUGGUGCAGAUCCUCAUGGUGCAGGUCCCCAUGGUGCAGAUCCCUGCUGUGCAGGACCCCAUGGUGCAGGUCCCCACGGUGCAGGUCCCCAUGGUGCAGGUCCCCAUGGUGCAGGUCCCCACUGUGCAAGUCCCCAGUCUGCAGGUCCCCAUGGUGCAGGUCCCCAUGGUGCAGGUCCCCACUGUGCAGGACCCCACGGUGCAGGUCCCCAUGGUGCAGGUCCCCAUGGUGCAAGUCCCCAGUCUGCAGGUCCUCACUGUGCAGGUCCCCAUGGUGCAGGUCCCCACUGUGCAGGACCCCAUAGGGCAGGUCCCCAUGGUGCAGAUCCUCAUGGUGCAGGUCCCCAUGGUGCAGAUCCCUGCUGUGCAGGACCCCAUGGUGCAGGUCCCCACAGUGCAGGUCCCCACUGUGCAGGUUCCCACGGUGCAGGUCCCCAUGGUGCAGGUCCCAAGUUCUCUGGAUUCCAGUAAAUUAACCGCGAUAUUAUUGAAGCCUAUACAUAACGCUCAUACCUUAGCACGAUUGCAUGGUAAUGCCAGCACCCCCCACUUUGAGGAGCCAAAGGUUGUCACUGGCAUGCAAAACAACACUAACAGUGACCAAUGA